UCACUGACCGGACAGUUUCACAAGAGUUUAAUGUGACCGUACAGAGUACCUGCGGCGGGUCAAACUCAGGUGAGUCGUCGCUGUAGUUGUAACAGUCGGUCAGAAGAUUCUUCUGCUCAUUCUGGACGCGGUUUGAGAGAAAAAGCAGACGACUCCGGAGGAGACAAAAACCUCCUACCGCAACGUUCAACACAAAUAUGCAGUCAGCUAACCGACGGCCACAGAUCUGAGCAAGGCUUGCAGCGAGUUUGAGUUUGGACCGCAGCAGAGGAAAAGACGAGGAGAGCGGGUUUCUGUGUCGUAAAGUCGUGAAGUCAUCGUCCUGCAGAACAAUGGAGCUAUCUCUGGCUCACCCAGCGAUCAAAGCCUUCAUGUGUGGCUCCCUCAGUGGGACCUGCUCCACGCUGCUUUUCCAGCCCCUGGACCUCGUCAAGACCCGCCUGCAGACGCUACACAGCAAUAUGAAGCCCGGCUCGAGCAGAGUGGGGAUGGUGACCAUGCUGCGGAGCGUGGUGCGAACAGAGAAGCUGCUGGGACUGUGGAAAGGAAUCUCACCGUCGUUCGUUCGGACCAUCCCAGGCGUGGGGAUCUACUUCAGCACCUACUACUCUCUGAAGCAGCACUUCUUCCAGGAGGGCCGCCCGGGGGCCCUGGACGCCGUGCUGCUGGGAGGCGGCGCCCGCACCGUGGCAGGCGUCUUCAUGCUGCCGGUCACCGUCAUCAAGACACGAUUUGAAUGUGGCAGGUACAGUUAUCAGAGUGUGACGGGCGCUCUGCGCAGCGUGUGUCGGACUGAAGGUCCCGCUGCGCUCUUCUCCGGUCUGAUGGCCACUCUGCUCCGAGACGUUCCUUUCUCUGGGAUCUACGUCAUGUUCUACAGCCAGACCAAGGCAUCACUGCCCAAAGAAAUCAGCUCGUCGUCUUCGGCCCCGUUGGCGAACUUCGGCUGUGGGGUCAUGGCGGGUAUUUUGGCGUCUCUGAUCACGCAGCCGGCUGACGUUGUGAAAACACAAGUUCAAGUGAAUCCUCAGCUGAGGACGGCCGAGGCGAUAAGAAUCAUCUACAUGGAACACAAGCUGCAGGGCUUCUUCAGAGGGGCGGUUCCUCGGGCGCUGAGGAGGACCAUGAUGGCCGCCAUGGCGUGGACGGUGUACGAGCAGAUGAUGGCUCAAAUGGGACUGAAGUCGUGAAGAAGAGAGUGGAUUUAGGACGUGUUGGAAGAAACAGAAUGUGACGAGUGAAGACAGAAAUGUGAGCGGGAGGGAGGAGCUAAAGUUUUGCUCCUGUGACUUAAAUGAUUUUCCUGCACGAGGAGGAGAUGACUGACGAACAAAAAGAAGCUAACACAUUUCUAAAAUGACUAACACGCACACAACGAGUCGUUGAAGUGGAUCCAUUGAAGCUGCUCAGCGAGGUUUGUCUGAAGUUCAGGAAGAAGACGUUUGUCUCGAGCUUCAGAGCGAUUCUUGAACUCCGCCUCCCGAUGGAGUGGAGUCCCUGCAAUCCAACGAGACCCCCGACAAGGUGACCACACAGCGGUCUAAAACUGUUGCUGAAAAUGAAACGAUGAGGGGAAAGGUGGAUCAUUGAGGAAGCUUCGGCUGGAUGUCAGGCAGCUUUGUAUUUUCAAGUAAACAAUGGCUUUUUAAAUCGUUUUCAUCCCACAAACUAAAAAUCACUUUCUGAGUCUCUGCUAUCAACCAUAUUCUCACUCUUCUGGCUGCAAAAAAAGCUGCUCAAAAACCUGCUGCUGCUGCAUCCUGAUUGGCUGUUCAAUCUUCAAUCACACCUCGCCAGCCUUGUCUUCUUCAAAAGGUAUCCCAGCAUGCAGCAUUUUUUUGAGAAUCUUAUCUUAUUCAGUGAACUUGUACUUUAACUGUGGAGACAUUAGUUCCUAACACGACAGGCGUGCUGCAUGCGUUCAUCAUCAUGUGCUGUUCAGCACGAGAAGGUUAGAAGGACACUAGAAGUCGGACUCAGACGUUCACUGAGGUCGUCUUUGUGAUUCCUCGGUGGGAGUACAGGCGUUUCUCUCUCUCUCGUUGUCUGAGAUGUCAGAGGGGCUGCUGUGAAGAAAUCAUUACUCGUCCCACUUCCAGCUCCGACCUUUGUAUUGCACUUUAACCCCUGCAGGUCUGUCAUGGCCCAGUUUCAUAGACCGUUGUCUUCCUAAUAACACUGAUGUAUUUAUAUUUUUGUAAUGGUUGAUAUGUGCUGUAGUAUAAAUGUAGUUCAUCUAUCUGCCUUAAUGAUUUUUUGUUCUCAGUAUUAUCAUGUAAAGAUGUCUCCCACUGCUCGGCUUUCCCACAUGUCCAUUAAAUCUGUGAAACCUUG